AAUGGCUGAGUAUCAACCACAAGCAAUUAUUUAAUAACCUGCUCUAUAUGGAGCACCUCAAACAGUUACAGGUUAGCCUCAAUUCGUGAGACCUAUAGUUCUUGGAAAUUCAACUUAUUAACAAUAACAAGUAACAAAUUAGAAUUUGGGUCAGAGUGGAUUUUAUUAAGGAGGAGGAAUGUUGGUUAAUCAACCAGUUUUAGGUGCAUCAGCAAUAAGUUCAAACAUUAUCUCUGUAAAUAAUUGUUUCAAAGUAGACUGGAUAAGCUAUUAAAGGAGAGUCAAAAAUUGAAUAUAUACCUUAUGAAAAGACAAUAAUGGAAUAUGAAGAGGUUAGAAGAUAAAUUCAGGUGCCAAUAACAAGAUAGAUUACUGAAUAUUAGGCCAUCUAAUAUGAAACUGAAUAUAUUCCUUAAGUGAUCUAAGAAAAAGUGAUUGAAUACAUGCCAGUAGAAAAAGUUGCUGAAAGAGUUGAAUACCAAACAGUGACAAGAUAAAAUAUGCUUUAAGUAAAAUAAAUGUAUUAAAAUAUUAGAAUACUGUACAAUAAGUAUAGUAAACAUAAAUAUAACCUAUUGUGACAACUCAAACAUAUUAAACAACCACUCCUGUUGUAUAAACUGUCUAAAAACCUAUUGUCACACAAGUGGCUUAACCAGUUGUCUAAUAAUAAAUAGUUUAGAAUGUUCCACAAACCUAUUAUUCAACAUAUUAAUAACCAAUAACUACAUAAUAUAUUUAGCAACCUCUCGCUGUUUAAUAGACUAUCCCAGCCCCAGUCUAUUAAUCUUCAAGUCCAAGAUUAAGAUAGUCUACACAAGUUAUAUAAGCAUCUGCUCCAGUAACUACCACUACUGCAUAUGCUCAACCACCUGUUCUAUAUUAAGCAUCGCAAACUAGAGUUGGCGCUCCUAUUGUAUAAACAUAACCUGUUGCUUAUGGUUAUUAACCAUAAGGAUAAUAAUUACUAACCUAUUAAGGAUAAGUACCAUAGCCUAACCUACCUAAUUAAUCCAAUCAACCAAUUUCUAACAAACAACCUAAUCAGACUUCUACUUAAACACCUAAGGUUAGUCAACCACCUUAAUAACCAUAAGCCAAUUAAGUUCCAUCUACUAUGGUAAAUUAUCUUAUUAAAUUAUUAAUAGUAAUAACAACAACAAUAACAACAACAAUAGCAAAAACCAUAGCAGCAAUAACCAAUCGCCAACCAACAAUAAUAGAAAUAAGAUAAAGGAUUUUUAGCCAAAUUAUUCGAUUGAAA